AUGGCAAUGCUUAAUGAGGCCAGCUUGAGUCCUGCGGACGCACAUGCUCAUGCCAAUGCCACCACGCCCACGCACAGCAAGGCGGCGAUGGCGAUGGCCAGUAGUGCCACCACAAUGCUGACCACAAAAACGCCGUUCUCCAUCGAGCAUAUAUUGUUUCAAAAUUUAAAUAGUGCCAGCAAUAAUAAUGCCAACAGUAUCACCGGUAAUAGCAGUAAUUAUGCGCAAAAGAGCAGCAAAAACGCGAUGAAAAGUGCCAGGAGUAGCUAUGCCCACCUCGACAAUAAUCCACAGAAACAUCCGUCGCAUCAUUCGCAUCAUCCGCCCCAAUCACAUCCGCCGGCAUCCGCAUCCGCGACGGCAACAACGCGAGGCAAUCAGGCAGCGUCGGGAUAUGGCAGCGAGGAUUACGCCAAGUCCUUGCACAACGCCCAACGGUCCAGUCACCAUUCCCGUCCAGGAGCUUCCCACUACAGCGGAGAUCAGAAUUCUCAGCAAUUGGGAUCUGGGGCAGGACAGCAUCCGCCAGUACCAGCGCCCCAGCCACCUCCUCCGCCGCCACUGAAUGGAGGAACUGGUGGGUCCAAUGGGGUCUUAUACCCAAAUGCCCCGUACACCGAUCACGGAUUUCUUCAAAUGACCCUCGGCUAUCUGUCUCCGUCGUCGGGCACUUACAAGUCCGUGGAUCCCUAUUUUCUAUCACAAGCCAGCCUUUUCGGGGGAGCACCCUUCUUCGGGGGACCUGGUUGUGUUCCGGAAUUGGCCCUCGGAUUGGGGAUGGGCGUGAAUGCCCUCCGUCACUGCCGCCGGAGGAAGGCCCGCACGGUGUUCAGCGAUCCGCAAUUGUCCGGCCUGGAAAAGCGAUUCGAGGGUCAGCGAUACCUCUCCACGCCGGAGCGAGUGGAACUGGCCACGGCACUGGGUCUCAGCGAAACCCAGGUGAAGACCUGGUUCCAGAACCGCCGCAUGAAGCACAAAAAGCAGCUGCGCCGCCGUGAUAAUACCAAUGAACCCGUUGACUUCUCACGCAGCGAGCUGGGCAAACAGCCGGGCGAAGCCACCUCCUCCUCCGGAAACUCCAAGCACGCCAAACUCACCUCCGGAUCCGGAUCCGGGGGCACGCCCACUCAGCCCACGAGUGAGCAGCAGCAGCUGCAGAUGUGCCUCAUGCAGCAGGGUUACUCCACGGACGACUACUCCGACCUGGAGGCGGAUAGUGCCGAUGAGGACAACUCCAGCGACGUGGACAUCGUGGGCGAUGCGAAACUCUACCAGUUAACAUAGAUAGUUGGAUCGGGAUCAGAACCUUGAUCUUAUAUUAGUAAUGUUUUUGAUAUUUUUGUUGGGGAAAUACAACAAUUAAAUCAUUGUUUGAUUUAUGAGUGGCAAUUUAAGGAGAUUAUAUAAGAUUUGUCUUAUAUAAAGUAUUAAACAUUUAUCAAGGUUAAGUUUGGAAAAACUAACAACCAUUUUAAGUAUGUUCUCUUAUUUAUCAAGGUUAAGUUUGGAAAAACUAACAACCAUUUUAAGUAUGUUCUCUUACUAUUUGUUUUAUAUUUAUUUUUCUCACGCCCUUUUCAAAAUGCUAUCCAACUAAAAUCUAAAUGUUUCCUUAAAAUUUAAUUUAAGACAAAUGUUUGAUCAAAUUGUAAGUGUAUUUCCCCCAAUUUUAAAAUUGAAAAGAAAAACCGUGUAAAUACUAACGAGCUGCUUUCUAGUCAUAUAUUAAAUCUUAAAUCUAAUCAAAUUUAGUGAUUGUAUUCGAGAACUUCCAUUUUAAGAUAUUUUAGUUCCCUGCCCGCUCGACUUCUUAUCCAGAACAUA